ACACACACACACACACACACACACACACACACACACACCACACACACACACACACACACACACACACACACACACACACACACACACACACACACACACACACACACACACACACACACACACACACACACACACACACACACACACACGCACACACACACAGAAACUCCCACUCUUACAAUCGUUUUCAUGUGCUGUCCAAGCAACCUUCAGGAACCCGGGGGUGUGUCCCUCCUUAACUCCCCCUUCCCCAAACAUUCUGUGGGUUUCUCUCACCCUCCUCCCUACUACCCAACCCUUGCAGCGCUCUCCCUCCAACAUGCGCACACACAGACACACACACACACCCACUCCCUGGUCUGCGUUCUGUCGGCGGAGAAGCGUCCCUUCUCAGUCUCCUGAUGGCCGGCCAGUGGCAGCGGCGAGGAGGAGCGCUGGGUCUCCUCCAGCUCACCCUGCACAUCUGUCUCCUCCACCCGCCGCUCAGCGCCCUUCCCUGGACCGCCCGUGACACCAAGCCCCCUCUGCAGGGACAGAGCUUUGAGGUGGUGAAGGGCACAUUCUCUCGCCACUUUCUCAGCAUUGGCUACCAUCAGAUCGUGGAGAUUCCUGCAGGAGCACAGAACAUCAGCAUACAGGAGACCACCAAAAGCAGAAACUACCUGGCAAUCAAAACCAAAAGUGGUGUGUCCAUCAUCAAUGGCAACUGGGGUAUUGAUCGGCCAGGGGUCUUCAUCGCCGUGGGAACGCAGCUGACAUACCGGCGACCAAAUGAAAUCCGCUCUCGCAUCGGAGAGUCCAUCAUUGCACCUGGGCCGCUCACCGAGGAUCUAUACAUUUAUUUGAUCUAUCAGCAGCCAGACCCUAGUGUUUACUAUGAGUACAGUGUGCCCCUGUACAACUCACACCCAACUCCUGAGCCACGAAUACCCUCUGAUAUUCUGUCUCUUGUGGAGACAGUUGACCCAGUCAGCCCACACAAAGACUCAAUCGUCGAGGACAUCAGCAACAACGAAAUCCCCAAAGACGCGCCCAACCCCAGCCAGAGUGGACCUGAGCCUGAGGGGAAACCUGACCCCCUCCCUUACAUCUGGAGCCAGGCCGGACAUACAGGCUGCAGUGCCACCUGUGGAACAGGCAGACGCGAGGCACUGUGGAGGUGUGUGGAGAAUGAAUCUCUGCUCGCUGCUUCUUUUGACCUCUGCGACCUUGCUCUGCGACCUCCGACCCGGGAAGAGGACUGCAUCACCCAGCCCUGCCCUGCGCACUGGGACCUGGGGGAGUGGUCCGAGUGUAGCCGGCGGUGCGGUCCGGGGACCCAGCAGCGGCAGGUCAUCUGCCGCCAGGUGACCCACACCCACUCCAACGGGACGGAGACGCUGGCCACGCUGGGGGCGGAUAGCUGUGGCACGUCACACAGCCCCGUGACCAAGGCCUCCUGCCAGCUCAAGAUCUGCAGCCAGUGGCAGAUACGCUCUGAGUGGAGCUCAUGCUCGGUGCCGUGCGGGGUGGGCCGGCGGGCCAGGGAGGUGGUGUGUGUGGGGGACCAGGGGGACGUGGAGGAGGACUCGGAGUGUAACGGGGCCAUGAAGCCCCCCACGCUGGAGAACUGCGACAUGGGGGUCUGCGCCCGCAGCUGGUUCACCUCCCGCUGGAGCCGGCGGUGUUCUGCAGAGUGUGGUGAGGGCCGUCAGACCAGGACAGCGCGCUGCCUGAUGGAUCAUGUGACCAACCUCCCAUUGGACAGCUGCGAAGGAGCCCGCCCACAGGAGGUGACAUCGUGUAACCUGGGGCCUUGUGAGGAGCGUCUGGAGUGGUUCACGGGCCCCUGGGGACAGUGUUCAGCAGAGUGUGGGAACGGCACUCAGACCCGCGUUGUGGCUUGCCUGCUCAACAGCAACGGCAGCAUGGAGGUGGUGGCUAAAUUGAAAUGCUCCCACCUGCCUCAGCCAAUAACCUCUCAGCCCUGCUUCCUGGAGCCGUGUGGUGGGCAGUGGUACACCACAGACUGGAGCGCAUGCUCAGCGUCCUGCGGCGGAGGCUACCGCGUGCGCGAGGCACGUUGCCUGGCCGACCGUGUCGCCCCCGGCGACCACUGUGACCCAGCGACCGCCCCCGAGAGUCAAGAGGAGUGCAACGCCCAGCGAUGCGUCACAGCGACCGACUCCUCCUGCCGGGACCAGUACCAUAACUGUGCGGUGGUGGUGCAGGCCCGGCUGUGCGUUUACCCCUACUACAGAGGGGCCUGCUGCGCCUCCUGCUCCGACGCACCCAAGCCCUACGCCCACAGCUUCACCAGAAAGCACCUUCGCAGGGACACCGGGAGACUGGACUCAGGGAGGAUAGAGCUCACACACAAAGAGGGAUGAAAGAGGAAAAACAAGUGGCAGAAAGGGGAACAAAUGGAAUGACUAGUCAGCAGUUUCAGCGAUGGCUGCCAUGUGUUCUGCAACAUUAUGUUUCCAUUGGUUUACUGUAACAAUAUCUCAGUACAGGCCUCCUGAUUCAACGACAAGGAAUCGAGUGGUGGUUGUUAGAAACGGUGUAUUGUCUAGUGGGGCUAUUCUUAGUACUCACGUGAAAAUGUUAAUAUUCAAUCUAUAAAUAAAUCAAUAUUUAGUAGCCUAAUGUACUUUUUUCCCCAUCAAGUGUAAAUUUGUAUAUUGAUUCCCAAAACGUUACCAACAAUAACAAUAAAAAAUAAUACAAUAAAAGUUGUUUGCUCUCUGCCUGUAGUCUACCACAGGCCAGUCCAAAGGACUUGAAGGCCCGAUUUCAUAUAGCCAAACACACACACACUGAGUCUGCCAGCAUACCUACAUCGCCUAUGCAAUCUAAGGUUACCUUCUGCCUGAUGGAUAAUAGCUUUUUGUUUUACUUUGGAACAUUGCAUGAGCUGGUAUUAUGAUGUACAAGCCAAAAUUAAAUGAUUUCAAGAAAGCAAAGUAGUUCCACUUGGAACAAAUGUUGCCUAAAGUGGAAACUUUCUGGGUUGUUUUGAACCUGCAUGAGGAAAAUCUGUUGCAAUCAUUUACAACCAAUCCUCAUCCAGCCCCCAAGAACCACUUGCCAGUGAGAGAAAGAGAAAGUUCAGUUAGUUAUCAACACAUUUCACUCCCCAGAAAACACUGUUGGAUGCGGCUGACGUGAUAUAUUUGUUUAGAUUGGCAGCACAUGUUGUUACUCCUAUCCUGCUGUGUAAAGCUUUGGUUUGCCUUCAAAACUUGAAUAAAUCAUUCCAUUCAUGUGGUCUCCAAGUAGUUUCUUAAAACCCAGUGUACCUUCAAAAUCCGGUCACCAAGUACCGCCACCAGACCCUUAAAAUGUGCGGUAGUUCCCCAAGGUAUGCUUUGGUUUUUCCUUUGCCAACACACCGUUAGCAUGGUAAACUGACCCGGGACGGUAACUAAAGCAGAGACCGACACAGCCCAUAUUCAUUCAAGAUGGUAAUACCAUUGCUUUAAUGGGACAGCCAAGUCAACAGCAUGUAAAAGGCCAUUAUUCAAUCACAAGAACUGAAAAAACACAGACUCAUUAAAACAGAACACCCAUCAGCAAACGCACGGAGCAUGUUUUUGUUUGUUUUGUAAAACAUCUCCAAAAGGUAACGGGGAGACAGACAGUCUAACAACCCGCCAGUCCGUUCUGACCACGCAUUCUUCUGGGGCACCACGCUCCCCAUUCCAUCUCGUAGGACCGUGCUUGUAAGCCGUCCAGGAAGCAUGUGAAGGGGCUGAGAAAGAGUGCUCAGGGUGAGGCUUGGCCUUUGGCAUUGCGUGUGUGUUUGUGUGCCGAGGUGGUCCACGUUACCAUCGUCUGCAUGCCCUGAUUGACUCUGAAACACAUUCAAGGCUCUUGCGUUUCUUUUUCUUUGUUUUGUUGCAGCCCUAAC